AGGCAGAGAGAGGACGAGCAGGCUAUUGAGUUUGUUGUUGGGUUUUGAUUUUGUGUUGAAGUUGGAAGAAUGGGAGAUGAAGGAGGUUGCAGGCCAUUGGGAUUCUUGUUGGGAUUGCCUUUUGCUCUAGUUGCAUUAGUUCUAUCUCUAGUUGGUGCUGUUAUCUGGGUUUUGGGGUCAGUGCUGAGUUGUUUGUGCCCAUGCUGCUGCUGUUGUACGGGCAUUGCAAAUAUGGCUAUGGGUCUCAUAAAGCUUCCUUUCAAAAUAAUUAGAUGGUUCACUGAUCAGAUCCCUUGUUAAUCCUCUGAUUUUUUUAAAUUUAAAUUUUUUUAUUUUAGUUUCCAUUUGGUUGUCUAUUUGAUGAUUCAUACAUUAAUUUGUUUGAUUUGUUUGUAUUGUAACCAUUAUUAGGCAUGGCAUUGACAUCACUAUAUGUCAUAUGAUGCAUUCAUUGUAUUUGAUUUUCAUAUGAUUAUAGCAGUUGAUAUGGACACUGAAUUUGAUUGAUCAUAGGAGAAUAA